AUGGUUUUCUCCGACUCGCAUGAGCUUGCCAACUGUGCUAAAAUUCCAGCCAUUUGUCGCAUUCGCUACGCCGACACAAACCAUACCACGGGAACUGGGCUUCUUGUGGCGAACGGUGUAAUUUUAACCUCAAAAUCAGCCUUACUUCCAUUGCUAGCAGACACUACGAAACGCACAGACUCACUUGUGGCCACAUUUUUUGAGGGGACCAAAAAAAAACCGAUUGAUGCAGCUUUUCGCCCUGAGACUUUGUGCUUUCACUCAGUCUACCCAGACUACGUAGAUUACUGUCUGAUUGCGUGCUGCGAGGACAACCUUUUCAAUGUAGUUCCAGUUUCGCUUCCGUUAACACUGAAAGAGUGGGCACCAGUGCGAGAGGGAGAGAUUAUUUUAGUCGUUCAGCAUCUCAUCCCACGAACCGAGGAUGUUGUAACGAAUUCAGGUGCUUCAGUGGACUGUGGAGAAGAAACUACGGAUGAUCGGACGGUCGAAGGCAAGUGUGGCAGUGAAGCUCCUAUCUACAUUCAGCAACAACGUUUCGAAGAAGUUUUACGAUGCUUCAAGGAUUUGUAUUACUUAAAGGCAAAUGGAAUCGAGCAGACGUCAGGGUGCCCUGCGUUUAACGAGUUCGGUCAAUUGAUUGGCCUCCAGUCGCAAAGCUAUACUGACGGUGAGGGUGUUAUCAACCGUGUCCUUUCCAUUGUACCUAUAAUCAAGCACCUCUUUGUUAACCAACAGCUAUAUCGUUUUGCAAAGCUUCAAGGUAAAACCCUUACCUUUAACGCUAUCUGGGAAACGUGGUAUACGGAGAAGGACCUCUCAUGUGUUGGGUUGAUCUUGGAGAACUUUAAACAGAAGGAUAUCGUGCGUCAAAGCUUUAAGAAAUUGACCGAAAUGCCGCUGAACUUAAAGAGCACCGCGGAGUUCGGUAUUUUCGAAGUGAUCCUGUGUAACCUUUGUUCCUUCCGUGACGAGGAGGAACUUGUAGGGAUGGGUCUUAGGGCACUAUGGAAGUUAAGCGUUGGCAAAGAGUCCUGUGCGAAAAAUAUCAUUGAUAAUGGAGGAAUCGAGUUUGUUGUCGCGCUGAUGCAUCAAUAUUCGCACAACAGCAGCAUUUUACAGUAUGGGGUAGUAAUCUUGUACAACACUGUAUCGAUACUCGCCGGUCAAACAUCACAAUGCCGUUUAUCAAUCGAUAGUGAUAGUCGAAAUUUUUUAAUUACAAGUGACGGCGAGACAGAGUUCAUAGUGGCGACGGCGAACAUUUCGAAAGCGGACACCGCAUAUUUUUCAGGCCCCCUUGGAUUUGAAGUGAUGGAAUUGGUUCUAGAGUCGAUGAAGAGGUUCCCCGAAGAGAUGGUGUUGCAGAAGUUCAGUCUGGAGCUUCUUUCAAUUCUGUUGCGAUGCAACGACGAAAGUGGGAUGCGGAUGCUACAGGAGAAUACUAUCGAGCACAUGUGUUACCUCAUAAAACACCAGCAUCAGAACCUUUUCUUGAUGGAAGCGCUUAUGGGAUGCAUGGGUAAUUUAGCUGAAGGGAAGCAUUUUGUCGACUUUGUUAAUGCGUCUUGUCACUCCGCGAUGCAGCUUGUCAACCCAAUCAUUUCCUUGACACUUGAGUACCUUGAAAAUAGGAAAAUCUUAAGGGCUGUGAGUGGUGUCCUAUGGGCUCUUGGUAACAACCCAGUGUUCCGAGCGAACAUUCUCAAGAAUCCUCACGGGUACGAAGUACUUUUUAGGUCCACGUCUGCCUUCAGUGACGUUGUGGUUUAG